AUGACAAAUAAAUCUACAGAAGAAUUAGAAAAUGAAUUUGUUGAUGAAAUUAUAAAUUAUAAUGGCGAAGUAGAACCUAAUGCUGCUGAUGGUGACACCGAACAAAAUGGGACAAAUUCAUCAGAUCAAAGAAAAGAUAAUUCCUUAACUUCAGGAGAUAAUAAAGUAGAAAAUAAAGAGCAUGAAGAACCUUCUGAAAUUGAAGGGCAAAACAAAGUAUCUUAUCAAAUGGAAAGCUUUGCUGAAGCUCUUGUAAAAGAAUAUUGGGAUAAACUCCAAGAUCCAUCAAAGACUUCUAAAAGUGCACAAAGCUCAGCAAGUUCUAAAACUACAGCAGCAGCCACAAGUUCUAAGAGGACAGUAGCAGCUGCAAGCUCCAAGAGUUCAACAGUCACAGCCCCAAAAGGUAAAAAAAGACUAUCCACAUCAUCUCCUUCUGCCAAACAGGAAACUAAAAGCCAACGAAGUCCCAAAAAAGCAAAAACAACUAAAACUAUAAUAAAAGAGAGUCUUGAUGAUGAUGAUUCUGAAUGCUGGGAGGAAGAAAUUGUUGCAGUUGAAACCGUCACUCGUGAUGAAAAAACUGGAGAAUUAUUGGGCUGA